AUAAAAUAAAAAAUUGCAAGUACUGUAUACAAAUACUCUAUUGAGGUUGAAAAAUGGCCACUCAAAGGAUUAUAAUCUUGGCAAUUGCUGCUUCUAGCUUAGUUUCCAUGGCUUGUGCCAUACCUGGAACAGCCACCUACUAUACUCCUCCCUAUGUUGCAUCAGCAUGCUUCGGAAAUGAAGACCAAGGCACGAUGAUAGCCGCGGCUAACCUUGACUUAUUCAACAAUAGAGCGGCUUGUGGGCAGAGUUACACGGUCACGUGCACGGGUGGCAACUGUCGUAAUGGUGCGGUUACCGUUAAGAUCGUGGACUUUUGUCCCCCUUGUGGGCCCGACCAGCUCGACCUCUCCCAAGAAGCUUUCGCAGUGAUUGCCGACCCAAGUGCCGGAAGAAUCCAGAUUGAUUAUACCCCGGCUUAAUUAAGAAAGGAGUGAAACAAGAGAGUACUCAUAAGUCAUAGGAUCAUAGCAAUAAAUAGACGUACACAAAUGUCUCUGUUGCUAUCAAUAAUAAGCUAAUAUAUAAUUAGCAUUAAUUAAUUUCCAGUUUCCUUGUUGCAACUUUAUUUGUGCAACAUCUUGUUGGGUGACAAACAGCAGAAAAAAGGUCCACUCAUGUAGAAUUUUUUUUCUGUUGGAUUUAUGUAGUAAUGAUGUACUCUUGGCCUUAUAUCUAAUAGCAAUCCAUUUCUUC